CUUAGAAUGAGAAGGUGCUGGGUGUUGUUGAGUCUCCUGAUCUCCCCUCUACUCUGUAGCCUGACUUGUGACUCUGAAGGGGUGAAGUGUGUGGCAGACCCCUCUGGGUGUACUGCUGAUUGUGAUUACUUGCUCAAGUAUAAAGCUGCUUCAGCUGACACUACUCAGAUAGAGAUAUCAGGUAAGCUAUCUGCUCACAGUGUAUCGGGUAGUAACGUCUGGUUGGGAUAUGGGCUCUCUUCAACGGGAAGGAUGAGUGGGAUGACAGUGUACACUUGUCAGAAGUACGGUGAGAAAUACUCAGCGAAGAAAAGAGCUACAACUGGAUAUGGAGUCAGUUCCUCAACAACCGACGUGGCGACCGACGGAGUAGAAGGAAGUUUAGUAGAUGGAGCAAUGAACUGUAAAUUCACGAUUAAUAACUCCUUUCUUCCUUCUGGUGAUCUUAAGAUGGCUUACAGUGCCAUGGGUACAAUGUGGGGUGAGGAUGGUAUGAGUAAGCACUCCAAUACACCCAAAAGAUCAACCUCCAGUUUAUCUCUCAUUCAGCAAUAUACCGCUCCUACUGCUGGAUGCAGCAAACCGACUGUACCUAACGGGUCUGUCACACCCAGCUCGGCUACAGUUGAAUCUGGAGCUCAAUACACUGUGUCAUGCUCAACAGGGUUCACUUUAUCAGGCCCAGUUGAUGUUACUUGUAACGAUGGUGCACUGUCUGCUCUACCCACUUGUGGUCCUGCGUCCUGUAGUAAACCAAAUGUACAAGACGGAACAGUGAGUCCUGAUUCAGGAACUAUAAACUCCGGAUCAAACUAUGAAGUCACUUGUGAACAAGGAUUUACUUUAUCUGGAACCUCAACUAUAAUUUGUACUACCGGGCAACUUACAGAGUCUCCUACCUGUAAUCCAUCAUCCUGUAGUAAACCAAGUGUACAAGACGGAACAGUGAGUCCUGAUUCAGGAACUAUAAACUCCGGAUCAAACUAUGAAGUAACUUGUAAACAAGGAUUUACUUUAUCUGGAUCUUCAACUAUAACUUGUACUAACGGUCAACUUACAGAGUAUCCUACAUGUAAUCCAUCAUCCUGUAGUAAACCAAGUGUACAAGACGGAACAGUGAGUCCUGAUUCAGGAACUAUAAACUCCGGAUCAAACUAUGAAGUAACUUGUAAACAAGGAUUUACUUUAUCUGGAUCUUCAACUAUAACUUGUACUAACGGGCAACUUUCAGAGUCUCCUACCUGUACUGAGAACCCGCCCAAUCCUUGUAACAAACCCAGCAUAGAAAACGGAAAAGUCACCCCAAAAACUGACACAAUAGAGUCUGGGACAGAGUAUACAGUGAGCUGCUCUGAGGAAUUCAAAAUAUCAGGACCUGCUACCAUCAGGUGCUCUGACGGAACAUUAUCAGAUCUACCGAGUUGUACUGCUCUGAGAACCUGUGAAAUACCCUCCGUUACCGACAGUUCUAUCACUCCAGAUAUUGCUGCCAUCAAAUCAGGUUCAGACUACACAAUAAUAUGUAGUCCUGGGUUCACAAUAUCAGGACCCUCCUUAGUGUCAUGUUCUGAUGGACAACUAUCAACUCUCCCUACUUGUGUAGAGGAUACCCCUGAUAACUGUGAAAAACCUGAAAUUCCUCACGGAUCUGUUAAUCCGGACUCUGCUACAAUCACCUCCGGAUCUCAGUUAACAGUGACCUGUACAGAUGGAUUCACAAUAUCAGGACCCUCCCUAGUAUCAUGUACUGACGGUAUACUGUCCGACCUGCCUACCUGGGGACUUGGGGAAUUACCAUCCUGUAGUAAACCAAGUGUAGAAGACGGAACAGUGAGUCCUGAUUCAGGAACUAUAAACUCCGGAUCAAACUAUGAAGUAACUUGUAAACAAGGAUUUACUUUAUCUGGAUCUUCAACUAUAACUUGUACUAACGGGCAACUUACAGAGUCUCCUACAUGUAAUCCAUCACCCUGUAGUAAACCAAGUGUAGAAGACGGAACAGUGAGUCCUGAUUCAGAAACUAUAAACUCCGGAUCAAACUAUGAAGUCACUUGUAAACAAGGAUUUACUUUAUCUGGAUCCUCAACUAUAACUUGUACUAACGGGCAACUAUCAUCACUGCCUACAUGUACUGAGAACCCGCCCAAUCCUUGUAACAAACCCAGCAUAGAAAACGGAAAAGUCACCCCAGAAACUGACACAAUAGAGUCUGGGACAGAGUAUACAGUGAGCUGCUCUGAGGAAUUCAAAAUAUCAGGAGCUGCUACCAUCAGGUGCUCUGACGGAACAUUAUCAGAUCUACCGAGUUGUACUGCUCUGAGAACCUGUGAAAUACCCUCCGUUACCGACAGUUCUAUCACUCCAGAUAUUGCUGCCAUCAAAUCAGGUUCAGACUACACAAUAAUAUGUAGUCCUGGAUUCACAAUAUCAGGACCCUCCUUAGUGUCAUGUACCGAUGGACAACUAUCAACUCUCCCUACUUGUUUAGAGGAUACCCCUGAUAACUGUGAAAAACCUGAAAUUCCUCACGGAUCUGUUAAUCCGAACUCUGCUACAAUCACCUCCGGAUCUCAGUUAACAGUGACCUGUACAGAUGGAUUCACAAUAUCAGGACCCUCCCUAGUAUCAUGUAGUGACGGUAUACUGUCCGACCUGCCUACCUGUACUGAGGACGAUGAUUCUUGUGCGACACCGAACAUCCCGGACGGAACCGUCGGUCCAGACUUAGUUAAAGUCCCCUCGGGGUCUCAGAUAAAAGUGUCUUGUAACUCUGGAUUCGAGAUGUACGGUUCGGAGAUGGUAACUUGUUCUGACGGUGUGUUGUCUGAUCUACCUUCAUGCACUUCAGCUAACGAUAAUGAGACAGAAGAAGAUAAAACAAUUGAUGGUAAUGACACCGAUGAAGGGGAGAAAACAGAUGAAGAUGAAAAGAAAGAUGAAGGUGACAAGGAAAAUGAAGGAGACAGAGAAGAUACAUAUAAGUGCGAUAUUUUGUCGGGUUGUUACAGAUACCCUAGCAGUUGUACACCUCCAUCCUGUUCAUAUUCUCUCAGAUGGAGCCUGUCAUCACCUGGUGUCGUCAAGGUCGAGCAAACAGGGAAGCCAUCCGAGUUUUCGCUGACAAACACAAACAGGAUUUGGCUCGGUUUUGGUUUAUCUACUUAUGGUACAAUGUCUAACGCUGACAUCUACCUGUGUAAGAAGACUGAGGAAAAUUACUCUGUUGUAAAGGUUAAAGGUUACUCCCACGGAUUGACCAGAGAUUCAGCAGUCCAAGUAAAUGAUGGACCAGUGAAUGGAACGUUUGUGGACGGCGAGAUGUCAUGUAGUUACCAGAUAAAGACCUCAAACCUCCCCGAGAAGACUCAGACAUUGUUUCACGGCAUGGGUCCAGUAGAUAGUAGCGGCCUCGCCCAGACCCACUACAAGACUCCAACAUCUACUUCUUUUAAGAUCAGGCUAGCGAGCUCUGAUGUCGAAUCAGGAUCAGAGAGGGUCCGUUUGAACUCUUUGCUUUUAUUAAUCGGACUUAUAGUGUUAGUUUUCUGGAGGGGCUGAUAGUUUAUCAACUCAGACGAUAUUCGUCGAUACUUGCUGAUGAAUUAUAAUGUAUACAAAGAAAAUCACCAUGGGCUUUACCGUGACCCGGUCUAAUUCAUUACUUUCUUAUUAUCAUAUUUAUAGACGUUACUAUAUUCGCAUUAUAAUUCUUUGAAUAUAACUUUCAGAUUCAGAUUUUUAUUAGAUUAAGUUAGUUGAAAUUUGUAUAAUGUUGUUUGCUUGCUGAAUUGUAAAUAUUUAUUGAACUAAAUUAUUCUAUGCGUGCUGUCAGUGACCCAAAUCAGCUUCACCAACGCAAAUGGUCAGUGAUCGUGACCACUGACCUUCUGGAAUUACUUAAACCUACUCGUAUUAGAGAGUUUAGAGAUUUUAACAUUCAGUUUCAGGAAAUUUGAGACCGUUCGUUAAUAUUUUGUUUUAGGAGUUAUGACAUUUAUCAACGAUUGUAAAUUAUAUUAUAAGCUUUUGGAUGGAUUGUAUAUUAUAUUAAUAUUUAUAUACCAAUUACCAACUUAACGCUAAGAAUAAAUGUAACUUAACCUUCUUGUGUAUCGUUAUUUGCUCUAGAGUUUCGUAAUUAUUAUUAG